AUGCUUCGCUAUCGUGGGGCCUGUAUUUCUGCUGUUCAUCUCCGGAGUAUGCUUGCUGAGUUAGGCUGCAUCUGUAUCCCUGAUAUAUUGAAUAUUCCCUACGUGACUAAACGCAUUGACGAAGACGGAAAUUUAGACAUUACUUGUCCAGAAGGCAAAGAUUUAGAUGCGCACUUUGAUUUGUUGCUAACUCAACUUAUUUAUGUAUCUGAGGCUAUGAAAAAACAAAAGGAAGUUUAUAUGGCUUCUGGAAAAGCGAUGCCGAAGUUGCAUCCAUACCUUUAA